AUGGACCAGAAGGACAACUGCAAACCUGAGAAAGAUGUCUCGCCUCAGCUGACCAUCGUUGACUUGAGUGAAGACAGAGCAAGUCCAAACGCCACAGACGCACCUGGAAUACUGUGUGUCUCUUCAGAUGCAAUAGCUCCGGCAGCAAAAGUAGAAGAAACGGGGGCCGUUCCGGGCAUUGAAUUGGGACAGCCAUAUCAUGUAUUCUCGAAGGGCCGAAAAAGGUUACUCGUGGGCGUCAUCGGAGUCGCAGGACUGUUCUCGGGCUUGUCGUCAAAUAUCUACUUCCCAUCACUAGACGCAAUCGCAAAGGAUCUCAAUGUUAGCAUCGACGCCGUUUCCCUGACCAUCACAUCGUACCUCAUCAUUCAAGGCGUGUCGCCAUUGCUUUGGGGUUCGCUAUCGGAUACGGUGGGACGGCGGCCUAUUUAUAUCGCUUCUUUCACGGUCUAUAUUAUUUCCAACAUUGUGCUUAGCCUUUCUCCCAAUUUCGCCAUUCUUUUGGCCUUUAGAGGCCUGCAAGCGGCAGGUAGCGCCUCAACUGUAAGCAUUGGGAAUGGCGUUAUUCAAGAUAUCGCUGCACCAUCCGAAAGAGGAGCUUAUAUCAGCUUCUAUCAGGCCAUCCGUAACUUCAGCAUCGCUAUUGGUCCAGUUUUAGGUGGCGUCUUAGCGAACACCUUCGGCUUCCGGUCCAUCUUCAUUUUUCUCGCCAUACUUUCCUCACUAGUUAUCAUAAUGGUCAUUCUCUUUCUGCCUGAGACACUGCGUACCAUUGCUGGCAACGGCUCCCUGCGGCUCUCUGGUAUUUACAAGCCACUCGUUGCGAGGUUCACUGCGGAGCAACCAUACAUGCAAGACCCUGAUGAAACGGUACAGCGAAGGAAAGUGACUCUCAUAACGUUCAUCGAGCCUCUAAGGCUUCUGGCGGAGAAGGAUAUCGUCCUGAAUCUGCUGUUUGGGGGCGUUGUGUAUGCCAUUUGGAGUAUGGUGACAUCUAGUACCACAAACCUUUUCAAGUCACGCUUUGGCCUCAACGAGCUUCUCCUUGGCCUAGCUUACCUACCCAACGGUUGCGGCACCAUCGCCGGCUCUGCUAUGAUUGGCAAACUCAUGACGCGCGACUAUAAAGCAGCCGAGGUGGCCUACAAACUUGCGCACAAUCUACCACCCUCGUAUAAAGUACCGGCCAAGGAUAUCCCAGCCGAUUUUCCCAUCGAGCACGCACGUCUACGGCACCUGCCGUGGAUCGCAAGCCUCUUUACUGUAUCCACCGCCGCGUAUGGCUUUUCACUCGCAUACCCGUCUAUAACGUCCAAGCCCGGGUGGAUCGCGGUGCCGCUAGCUUUGCAGUUUCUAAUUGCCGCGAUGAGCAAUGCCGUCUUCGCGCUCAACCAGACGCUUGUGUCGGACUUGUGUCCCGGCAAAGGCGCUAGCAGUACAGCCAUUAACAACCUGGUACGGUGCGGACUUGGCGCCGUUGGAGUUGCGUUUGUCGAGAAUAUGAUUACCAACAUCGGGUCCGCGUGGGCCUUUCUAGGUUUAGCAUUAAUCACUGUAGCAAUGGCACCAUUUGCUGCAGUCAACUGGUACUGGGGUCAACAAUGGCGAGCUGCAAGAACAAAAAGGAAGGCCAAGACCGAGGAGUAG